UUUAAGAUUGCGUGAAAACAAUGGGUGAGCAAAGUGAGGUCAAGUUCGGGAAUAUAAAAGAAAACAGCAUGGACGACGAAGAGACACGACAAUCACUUUUGGAUGUAAUAAAAAUCAACACCGGAAAGACCGUGCAGUUCCGGAUGGUGUUGCUGGCGAGGGUGAACGACGACCAGCAGAACAACCAGAGUGCCAUCUCCACCUUCUUCGAGUCUCUACUGCAGGAUGCCCAGAUGCACCUCGGUGCUCUCACUGGCUUGCUUUUACUCUACCCAGUCCAAUGCGUUGCUGUUGUUGAAGGUGCUUAUGAGUCUAUUCAAUACAUUAUAAACUUCUUCUCAAAUCCAACAAAAUACGAAGACUACAUGAGCAAAGUGAAAUUGUUGGUGGUCUCAUCUAAUGUGCAGAGGCACUACAAGAUGCUGCACAAGAAGAAUUUGAACUUGGUCGCUCCCAGAGUGGAGGGUGAUUACAGUUCACCUGAGCCCAUCGAAAUUCUAGUUGGAGAGGUUCUAUCUCAGCUGGGAGUGAUCGGCAGACAUCUGUCCGGACUGUCUCAGAUAGCAGCUUCGAAAGAACUGGAGUCAAUUCAAGAGAAGAAACCAGAAGCCAUAGUCUCACAGGACCUCCUGGGUUUCCUGCUCAAUUCAAAAGAGAUAGCAUCGCCUGAGGAGUACACUUCGUUUUACAAGAAAGCAAGAAGGGUUAUUUUGGACGAGAAUUCAGUCUGGCCUAUAAGAGCAAGAUUGCUGGACCAAAUUGAACAAUAAGAUAAGAUAAUAUGUCACGUGAAAGAGUGUCCGUCAAAUUAUCACGACAAGUCAACUAAUUCAACUCUAAUUUUUUCUUAGGCUUUUCAAAAAGCUACGAAAGAAAAAGUGUAAAUAUAUAUGUAAAUCGUUAAUUGUACAAAGUAAAUUUUAUGUUGAAAAUUAGAAAUGAAGUCUUCAAGAUUUA